AUGAAGUAUGGAGAGAGCCUUCGCCAGCGGUCUAUACCUGCUUGGAGCCAUCACAACAUUGACUACGACGAUAUAAAGCGGUACAUCAAAGAGCAGACCACACCCAGCAAUGGCAAGACUAUUGCUGUUCAGGAACGUAACGACGAGAAGCUUGUGCGAGUAGAGCGAUCACUUUUCGGCACUCUGUCAGAGCAGCAUCACCGGAUUGACCUCUUUGUUAAGAGCAAAGCUGGCGAGAUCCAGCGUAGACUUGAUCACUCGAAGCGGCAGUUCAGGCAGCUGUCUGCUCGCAGCACACCGGCUGUUGACGGUCGGAUACCGGUCAGCCGGUUGGAGCGCUACGGGAGGCUUGAGAACGAUGUCCUGAAGGCCGGCGAUGAGAUCAAGUAUCUUGCGAGGUUUUCGAGCGCACAGCGUGAUGGCUUCCGAAAGCUUUUGAAGAAAUACAAGAAGUGGACCGGCUCAACGCAGCUUGAGGAUCGCUUUAGGGAGGAGGUGCUGAACGAUCCAAAGAGCUUUACGAAGCUCGAUCUUGACCGCACACCGUCGUCGGCAGCGUCGAUGAACAAUCUCACAGACAGUGCCACGGCUGUGGAAACGACCCGCAGUGAUUCUGUUACGCAGCCAUCUGACCCUGAAGUGCCCCCACUCAAGUCUUUCCGGAAGAAAAGACGUCGCGGAUAUCCGGAGACGGUUGCACCGCAGCAGGCAAGAUACUGGAGCGAAUACGAUAACCCGGAGGAAGAGGACGAGCGUAGCACAUAUGUCAUCUACAUUGACCCGAACGCCAAAUCUUCGUUUGAUAUGUUCUUUGACUGGCUGGGUGCUAUAUUUGGCCGCCGUCGCCAGGCUGAGAAGCAAGCUCUGCUCGCCGAACCAAGUUCGCCCAGAGACGAUGAGUCAUCCUCAGAGGAGGACAACGUGGUGACCGGGCCGCGAGACAGAUCGUACGGGACAAUCACACCGUCCCUCCAGGCUUUGGAGGCACAACGUCAUCUGCUUUCGUUGAAGAGUCUUCCGCCCAGCUUCACCGCCAUCACGUUCGUUGCCUCUCUGACCAUCCUCAUCAUCGCAUACGUGCUGGCCGCAACAGGGAAGCAGAAGCUGAAGUACCAGGUCGACUUUGGUGUCAUUCUUGCCGUGUCGAGCAGUCUCUUCUUCGCCAUUGCCGGAUUUACAUCUCUAUUGAGACGCUCGGAAGUUUCGUAUCCUGCUUGGAUCGUGGGUGUGCUUGUACUCGUUGUCGAUGCCAUUGGGUCGGGUGGCCUGCUAGCUUGGAUGUUCGGAUGA